AUGUCAUUGUAUUUUGAUAAUAUAAUUGCCAAUGCGGAGACUCUACCAUUGCCUAAACCAAUCACGGUUUCUCAACUGGCCAAUCUACUGAAGAAUCAAAAGAAGAAAAGAAGAAAGAAAGAAAAGUUAUUAUUUUGUUAUCCACUUGAUAAACUUACAGAUUAUUCAUCAACUAGAUCACCACAUAAUCAAAGAAUUUUUAAAGAAAAUGAAAUUCCACAAAUUUUGAAAUUACGCGAUACUGAUCCUGAAAUUUAUCGUUGUUAUUAUUAUCAUCGAGAUUUAAAUCUUCUUGGUAAUUAUAAAUUGAAUGAUUCUUUAAUAAUUGAAAAUAGAUUGAUGGCAAGUCAUAUUUUGAAAGCAUUACAAAGUUUAGAUACCAUGAAAUUAUUUACUAUGGGUAAAAAAAAAUUUAAAACUGACGAGUCAUUGGUUUGUUAUCUUAGUGGGAUGUUGAAUCAAAAUUGUUCAGAAACUUUGAAGAUGUUGGAAACUCGUACUCCUGCUGAAUUAUUACAAUAUGUACCCAUUGAUAUUGAUGCCCCCAGUGAAGAAGAAGCACAACGAUUAGCACGUACAAUGGAUCUUGAAGAAACUAGACGAUUGGCAUUAUUACUGAUUACUAAAGCAGUUAGAUAUGAUGAUUGUUGGAAAUCCAUGUUUUGGGCUAUUCUGUGUACUACUCCAUUGACAGGAAAUAUUUCUAGAAAUACAAGAGUUAAAUAUUUAAAAAAUGAAGAAGAACCUAAAGUUGAAAUUGAAGAAGAUGAAGAUGCGAAAUUUAAUAGAAUUAUGGCAGAGUUACAUGAAGAUAUGGCAAAAUUGAAUAUUAAAACAUCAGAAAACCGACAGUAUACAAACAAGACCAAACAAAACAAGUCAACAAAUACUAAAAGUUUUUCUUUGUCGAGUAAUGAACCACUAGAUUCAUCAUCAAAGACAACAAGUUUUGAAUUUUUCCAACCACAACAGUUUACGAUGUAUAAAUUAAAGCAUCCCCUAUUUAUGCCUAUAUCCGAAGAGUUCUUACUGGAUUCUUCUGAUGAUGAGUUAAUUUUUGGUGAGAAUUACAACUCAGAAUCCGACUCGAAUUGUUCAGAAUCUGAAGUUGAACAAGAACCAAGUGAUUCAUAUUCUUAUUCACAAAAUCAAUUUGAACUUUUGACCAAUAGUUCGAUAGAGAAUAGUAGUAAUAAUAAUUCAGCACAAGAUGAUCUAGUAGCAUCGUCAUCUUCAUCAAAUGGACAAGAUAUCGGAAUUGUUGAUGACAUAGGUAUGACAGAACAAGAAUAUUCUGAAUUUGUUUAUGAUGAGUUAGAUGAAGAUCCAAAUUUUAUUGAUUUGGUAGAGACACUUGCUGAUUUAUUCCCUACUUAUGCUAAAACAGAUUUAAAAUUCCGAUUGAAAUUUGCUGAUAGUGUUGAAGAAUUGAUUGAAGAGUUGUUUAUUGAGACAGAAUCUCGGGAUUUACUUGAAGAAGAAGAAAAGUUAGCGGCGAAUCAACAAAGACAAGUAGAACCGGUGUAUGAUGAUAAAGUAUAUCAACUACGUGAAAUGUUUCCAAAUAUUGAUAAUGCAACCAUUGAUAGGAAAUUACGAGAGAAUAAUAAUAGUUUGGAAGAUACAACUAUGGCAUUAUUAUCAUUACCAACUACAGAAUUUCUGUCAGUUAGUUCACAAAAUAAAUUCACAGUCAGUGAAUGGAAUAAAGUUUCUGGAUUGGUUAUUAAAAUCACCAAAUUUCUUGGUAUUAAUGAAGAUACAUUUGUACUUGAUAAUAGUGAUAUUGCCCAUUUUGUGAGGAAAAGCGGGUGUAAUUAUUAUGAUGCCCUUGUGGGGAUUUUAAUGAAUUGCCGACCACUGGUUUUACAAACGGUCCGUAAACAACAAGUUGGUGGUCGUGUACAACGAGGAGGUAAAAAAGGAGGACGUUCAUCAGUUAAAACAAUUACAAAAUUAGUCAAGAGUAAUUAUAGAUAUAAUCCAAUAUCUAAUGAAGCUAAAGAAUUAUGGGAAUUAGUUCCAAGUAAUGAACAACUAAAAUCAAUCAACAAGACAUUAUUGAUUAAUGCGUUAGAGUUUUUCCAAGGGAAUGUAUAUAAAGUUAUUGAAUUGGUAUCAGAAUUAUCAAGUAAUCAAACUCCACAACAUACAAUCAAUACGGCUACCCAAAGAUUAGAACAUCCGGUAAUUAAAUUUGUACCUAAAGUUGAAAAUGAUCCGUAUGCUCUUAUAAAGAAGAAAUUUUCCAGUUAUGCAGAUACAAGAUCAUCAAGAGCAAGAGCAAAAGCAAGAUCGGGUGUUCCAGAUAUUUCUGAACAAAAUAGAUUUUAUCAAUAUAUUGAAUCGGGACAUGUUGAUUUGCAUAGAUUUAGAUUAACAGAAGCUAUGAAAUUGACUAAAUUAGUAUUACAACAUUGGUGGGAAGAAGAAGAGAAAAAUCGUGAAUUGGAUGGGAAAAUUGAUAGAUUUGGAGAUAAAGCAUCUAUUGGACCGGUUAGAAUUAUCACAGGGCGUGGUAUUCAUUCAGCGAAUGGUGUUUCUAUAUUGAAAAGAUAUGUGAAAGAAUAUUUGGUUAAUAAUAGGUAUGUGUUUAAUGAAGAAAUCGGCAGUUUUGAAGUUAUAGGGAAAAAAAGACGUUAA